AUGGGAUGCACGCAGUCCGCGGCGAAGCGCGUGCGGGAGACGCGCGCGUCGCAGGAGGGCAGCGGCUCCGCACCGACGGCUGAGGUGCCCGCCCCGUACUGCCGGCCCUUCUCGCCGGAAGACUUCUACAUGGGGGAAGAAUUCUUCCUCACUGAGGAGAGCAUCGGGUCCUCCGUUCUCGAUAGACAACUGUGCAUCGUAGGCCGCUGUGUGAACGUGAGCGACGGCGACUCCAUUCGCGUCAGACACAUUCCAAACGGCCAGCUUCUGUAUCCGCUGCGGCAGCCACGGAAGCCCGGGGAGAAGCGCGGGCCGGAGAGGACCACGCCUGGCGACGACGAGGACGCGAGCAAGCGGUGGAAGGGGAAGCUUACAGAAAACACGAUUCGCAUCCGCCUCUAUGCGAUUGACGCCCCAGAGACCGCCAAGUUCGGCAAUCCUGGGCAACCGUUUGCGCAGGAGGCGAAGGACUUUGUGACUGAGCGCCUCCUCGGGAAGAUUGUGUACGUUAAAUGCCUGGCGAAGGACCAAUACGGGCGUCUCCUCGCGCGCGUUUUGAUUCCGCGACCCGACGACGCGCCUGCACCGCCCUGUUCGGCGACUGCGGACGACGAGGGGAAGGCCGCCGACCCCGCGGAGAGCGACUUCGUCGUGUGUGCGUGCUUCCUAAAGCUGUAUGGGAGCUCGAAGAUAAAGGGCGCCAAGAAAGACAAAGACACGCCACCCGAAGUCCCCGGGGCCCCCUCCUGGUGGUGUGAUGACGUCUGCGAGGAGCUGCUCAUGCAGGGCCUUGCCUGCUUGUACAGAGGCGGCGGCGCGACGUACUGCGACCAGCAGCCGUUACUGGUGAAUUUGGAGGCGGCGGCAAAAGAGAAUCACGUCGGGCUCUGGGGCUUGUCGCAGCAGGAGCUGCAGCUUCCCGGCGAGUACAAGAAGGCCACGAGGGCGGGAAGGAGCUCGCCCAGCCCGCGGGCCGGCGGCGCCUCGUCAGUCUCCCCGUCAGGGUCUCCGGUGGCGAGCCCCGACCGCGGACGCGGCAGGAGAUCCAGGAGCCCGAGCCCUGCCCGGGGCUCGGGCUCCUUAAUCGCCCGGGGGUCGCCAUCGCGCGGCAGGGGCGGCCGGGGACGAGGCGGAGGACGCGGACGCAGUCGCGGCUGGAGGGCCGUCGGCGAACAGGCCCAGGAGUUUAGUGCGGAGCAAGGACGCAAGAGCGGUAGGCGAAGAAAGAGAGGGAAGCGAAAGAGACGCGGCUCGGCGGAGUCGCAGGUGCCCGCCUACGAACUGCGCGUGUGCCCUGAGGAGCUUGGGCCCGAGGGAACCGAGGGAGAAGGCGAGGCAGUGCCAGCCUCUCCCGGUGACGGAGAGGGGGUCGCGGAUGAACUCGACCGUAACGUGUACUUGGCGGAGAGCGAAGCUGCUGAUGGCGAAUGGCAAGGGGAAGGGGAUGAGACCGGCGAAGUGGCAGAGAUUGAAGAAGGCGAGACGCAAAAUGAAGCGGAGGGAGUGACCACGUACUAUGAGGGCGCUGAGGAAAAGGAGGCCGCGGACGAACACGACGCUGCAGAGACAGAGGGCGACGAGGAUUACUGGGGGGACAGCGAGCAGCCUUACAAUGAGGACACGUGGAACGAUACGCAUGCUUGA